GAGAUUUGUUUAAUUAUUAAGAAACUGCAGUGCUGUUGUGCCCGAACACUUCGAAUUAGUACAAUUUUUGCGUACAAAUUUUACAAAACUCCGACGAGUCGACCGGCAUGAGAAUGUUGACAAAGGUCAGAUCUUAGCGUGUAAACAUUCUAGGCACGUGGACUCGUGAGAAUCGAUUGCUGGUGGGGCCAAUGCAGUUCUGUAACAUCUUGUGUCCGUCUAUUGUCGCAUUGUAGUGGUCUAGGUUAGAAUACGCACAUAGCAAUAGUUUAGGCUACGAUGGGUACAAAACGCAGUUCGGAUAAGGGCUCGCACGCCAAACGACAGACUGCCCCACAGGGACAUGGAAAAACCAAAGACAGAUUGGCAUCUGGAGAUUCUCAGCGGAGCGUAAAGCUAUCUCUGGAGAGGCCCCUAUUUGAAGACAGCGAUUCUGAUGACUCAUCAGUUCUUGAGGACAGCGACGACCCGACAUCAUCAGAGGGGGAAAUCGAUAUAGAGGAAGAAAUGUCAGAUGAGAACGGCCUUAAUGAACCAGAUUCAGACAAUAAACAAAGUGACGAAUCCGGCCAAGAGGAACUAGACGAGGGCGAUUCGAUUGAGGACAUCCUUGCGACGGGAAAUGAUGCCGAAGUUGAGGAAAAUGCUGACCAGGAGGCGAAAGAUGAUACAGUCACAGUAUCAUUCGAUGUUGGUAAGCAAGAGGAUUUUCAUCCCAUAGCUGGAGGCAGAGUUUCGUCUCUGGUGACAAAAAUCAAGCAACGCAGAAAUCUUGACAAACAUGAAGCUCGGAUAAAGGCUAAUCAUAAACGAACAGCAUCACCUCAAUCAUCGUCAUCUGCCGCUGCUCCGUCUUCAGGUAAGGGCCAAGAUAAGCAAACUAUUAGUGAAAAUGAUGAAGAUGAGUAUGCGGUGGAUUCGUCAGACGAAGAAGAUCUACGCAACACUAUUGGCAACGUGCCGAUUGAAUGGUACGACAAUUACCCACAUAUUGGAUACGAUGUCGGUGGUAAGCGCGUCCUUAAGCCUGUUCGCGAAGAUCAACUGGACUACUUUCUCAAACGUAUGGACGACCCAACGUUCUGGCGAACUGUAAAGGAUCGCAUGACCGGGCAGAACGUGGUGUUAUCGGAUGCCGAUAUAGAUCUUAUUUCGAGGCUACAAAAAGGCCAAAACCCCGAUCCCACGAUGGAGAUGUAUCCUAAGUUUGAGGAUCUUUACUCGCACGAGGUUAUGAUUCAUCCGCUCAGAGCAACUCCAGAAGCUAAGAGGAGCUUCAUACCUUCGCUGCACGAAAAACGACUUGUAGGACGCAUGGUCCAUCUAAUUAAAAGUGGCAUUUACGCAAAAUGCUGGAAGCCGAAACCCAAAGACGAAGGACCCAGAUACUACAACAUCUGGAAGGAUGAGGAAGACCCAGCACUAGUACGUCGCUUAAGGUCAUUUAUUCCUGCACCAAAACUUAAACUACCAGGCCACGAGGAGUCAUACAACCCUCCUGAAGAGUAUCUCUUUACACCCGAGGAAGAAGCUGAAUGGCACAAUCAGGAUCCGGAAGAGCGGCGACUGAACUUUAUUCCUCGAAAGUUCACUUCAUUGCGACAGGUUCCAGGUUACGCGAAUUUCGUACAGGAACGAUUCGAACGUUGUCUCGAUUUGUAUCUCUGUCCCCGACAGAGAAAGAUGCGUAUGAACGUCAAUCCUGAGGAUCUGAUUCCACAGCUGCCCAAGCCUAAAGAUCUUCAUCCGUUCCCAGCACAGUGUGCGAUCGUCUAUAGAGGACACACGGCACCAGUACGAUCUGUGUCUAUGGGACCUCUAGGGCAGUUCUUUGCGUCAGGUAGCGAUGAUUGCACAGUACGCGUGUGGGAAACAUUAACUGGGCGGUGUCUACGUACGAUUGUGCUUGAGUCAAGCGUGCGCUGUGUCCAGUGGUGCCCUAAUAAAGCGAUUUCUCUCUUAGCAGUGGCUGCGGGGCCUUUUAUCUAUUUUAUUAAUCCAGGCGUAGGUGACAAGGUUAUAAUGUCAAAUACUGACGCCAUCUUAGACGCUCUGCCUGAAGCUACUGAAGAGAACAGCUCAUCGAACUGGUCAUUGGUAGACGAUCAGACGUUACGCAGCCAGGGUCAACGUUUAAAGGUGGCUCACCAUCAGGAUGUAGCCCAAGUGUCUUGGCAUGCAAAAGGAGAUUAUAUUGCUGUUGUUUAUGGAAGUGCGUCGACCACUGCACUUAUCAUUCAUCAGUUAUCGCUUCGCAGAAGUCAGAAUCCGUUUAGCAAAUUUGGCAGCGUGAUCUCCCGCGUCCUAUUCCAUCCGACGCGGCCGCAUUUGUUUGUUGCCACUCAAACGGUCAUUCGUGUUUAUAAUCUCGUUAAGCAAGAACUGCAAAAGAAGCUUUUAACCAAUUGCAAAUACGUAUCGAGUAUCGCUGUUCAUCCAAAAGGCGAUAAUGUAAUUGCUGGAAGCUACGAAGCUCGUUUGUCAUGGUUCGAUAUGGAUCUAUCGACAAAGCCGUACAAGGCGAUGAAGUAUCACAAGGGAGCGAUUCGGGCGGUUACCUUCCAUCGAAAAUAUCCUUUAUUCGCCUCUGCAUCUGAUGAUGGAUCCGUAAUCGUCAGCCACGGCAUGGUCUACAAUGACUUCAUGCAGAAUCCGUUAAUUGUACCUGUAAAGGUCCUGCGCGGACACAAUCAACAUGAUAAUCUGGGAGUUCUGGAUUGCACGUUCCAUCCGACACAGCCUUGGCUAAUAAGCGCAGGCGCAGAUUCAACAUUGCGUCUUUUUACCUGAACAGGCGUAUUUGAUGAAAUAUCCGCGCAAACUUUUCGCCUUUUUCUUGGUCCGAAGUAUAUAAGCCACUAGCAAAACGAAUCUUUUGGUUAUCAAAAACGUAUCUAACUGAGACUAUGUAAUCAUAUGAUUAGACUUAAUUCGUACAUACAAAAUCUAUAUACAGUAGAAAAGAUCACCAAACGAAAUUUACUACAUAGGUAGGUCAUUGGUUAAUACUGACGAACUAUUUCACGUUGGAUAUGUCGCGAUAUUGGCAUGUAUCUCGUUGAAUGUAUCUUUCGCUUGUUGGUCUGUAUCUCAUACACUAUUAAAGUAAUUAUUAUUAGAUAGAGAAGGCACUUUACUCAGGAUGUCGUUAAAAAUAAAAUAAAAAUCUGGCUCUCUAAUAGCUUGAUUUUUGUGUUUAGGUAUAUGAAGCGCUUGAAAGUUUUUGUAAGCUUUUAGAAAAAUGGCGAGUUAUGUUCGGGAAGUAAUUGUUCAUCAUACGAGUAUAAUUUUGUGUAAAAGUUUGUCUAGAACGUAAGAUCUUCACUCGCAUUUAGCUCUGGCCUCGAGCUUAUUAAAGGGCGUGUUCUUAUCGUAGCGAACAUCAGGUGAAGUUAUCAAAUCAACGAAAACUAUCUUUGGAGUUGGCUUUGCUCACCCAAAUCGAAGGUAUAGCGAAGACUAACUAUAUAGUGAGAGGCGUCAUUGCGGAGUGUUGCUGAUACUAGCUCCUAAUUACCUUCCCUAUAUGCAAUGUAGUUGUAUUCGUCUGCAGUUGUGUCUGCUGCGCAACUGCGGAAUGUCGAGAAGAUGGUUUUCCUUACAUCACUACAUAUAGACAGAUUACUCACAUAUUGGCGUAGACUCGCAAGCCGCGCAGCUUUUAUGCACAAAAUUUCAAGAAUUUCAGACAAAUGUAGUGUUGUCUUUUUUUACCGUACAAGGACACUGCUGGUAUUAAGAUAGCAUCGGGACCUGUCAAACUACCGGCAAAAAUUUAUGAAUAGACACUUCAUAGGGUUUUGGGAUGCUGAUUUAUACAGCUGCGGGACAUGCCUGUAAACAAGGUGUACAAUAUAUGCUUUCGGAACGUGUACUUCAACAAGCACUUCAUAGGGCUUUUUAACGAGGACGCUGUACGGAAGCAGAACUUCUUUGAUGACUUUCACUUGUUUGAUCGUUUCUUCUGUAACGUUAAUCUUUUCGAAGCCAGACACCAGCUGUUUCACUGGAACGUCUGUGUACACUAGUACUAGCUGAGGUACUUGAACUUCGACGAGAACAUGUACAAAUUGAACUACGUGUACAGCUUUUCCAAUGGCCGGAUCCUCGACAACUGUCUUCUUACUUUUGUGGAUUUUACCAUGAAGUAAAUCUAGAAUCUUGUCCACGUUAGUAUGGAUGACCCCGGUUAGCGCUGCAAGAAGCACACAUAUCGAAGCCUUUUUUAGACAUCGUUGCUGUAUUAUACAAUUCGGGGAUCUGUCAUUAAAUGGCUACCGUGUCAACAGUUUAGUAUCCUAAAGAGACGAGUGACACAAAUAAAAGCGUUGCCGCAAAUUUUUUUUUAUUGAUUCUUGUAGAACAAGUAAUCAAUCAAUCAAGGUUGAGGGUCGAAGAUGGA